AUGAGGCUUCUAAUGUCUUCUUCGGAUCAAGAUCAAGGUGAAAUAAAGAGAUUUGCUAAUUGGAAACUUGAUGUUGGAAAUGGAAAUAUUGGAUCUGUUGUUAGUGAUGAAUCAGAAGUUGAAAUUUCAAAUGAUCUAUUUAUUAUAACUUCUGAUGACCAUCUCUCUCAUUUAGUAGACUUUGCAAAUCCAAAUUUGUUGCAAAACAUGUUAAAUUACAGGUAUUUUCAGAGUAGGGCAAUUCUUGCACCCACGCUUGAGUAUAUCGAGAAGGUAAAUGAUUUCGUCUUGACAAUCUUUCUAGGGAUGGAAAACAAGUAUUUGAGUUCUGACACAAUAUGUCAAGCUGAUGAGAAUGAUGAUAUACAAUAA